AUGGAUUUCUCGAGAUUGAGUUCUUUAUCAUUGGGCGAGUGGAUCUGCGUGGCAUUUUUAUUUGUAGCGAUCAUAGAGGUGUUGAUUUUUGCUAUGAUCGAUUGCUUCAAUGGCCGUCCCCUCCCAACCAAACACCGUUUCUCUUUCGGCGAUAUGUCUGUCAUCACCGAUGAAACCAGAAUUACUGUUAAUGAGCUGGAGGUAUUGUAUGAGCUGUUUAAAAAGUUGAGUAGUUCAAUUAUCGACGACGGAUCAAUUCAUAAGGAAGAGUUUCAACUAGCACUAUUCAGAAUUCCCUAUGGUGAAAAUCUUUUCCUAGACAAGGUAUAUGCUUCAUACCAACAAAAAAAAAAUGGUGUCUUUGAAUUUGAUGAGUUUGUUCAUGCACUCAAUGUCUUCCAUCCAUAUGCCCCUAUAGAUGAUAAAAUUGAUUUUGCACUUAGGCUCUAUGAUUUGGGACAAACCGGGUUCAUUGAGCGAGAAAAAGUUAAGCAAAUGGUGAUUGCCAUAAUGAUGGAAUCUGACUUGAAAGUCACAUGAUCUUCUUGAGUCUAUCAUUGAUAAUGUAAGCACUACAUAGUUGUGUAAGUUUGGAUGUUGUUUUACUGGGUGGUAAUCAGAGCUUGUGGAGAAUUUAGUACUCACGACAUCUUCUAUGACAUAGUAUUAACAGUGUAUUUCUAUGACAUAGUAUUAACAGUGUUCUUCUAUGACAUAGUAUUAACAGUGUACUUUUUUUUCUUUCUUAUAUAGGUAUUUCCUUUUGCAAAAGAUAUCGGAUGUCUUGCUAGGCUUUUUUAGGUUUUUUUAAUUUUUUGUGUGAAAUGGUAUUAACAAUGUACUUCUAUAAAAUGGUAUUAACAAUGUACUUCUAUGAAAUGGUAUUAACAAUGUACUUCUAUGACAUGGUAUUAACAGUGUAUGGAGGUUAAGUGGAGAAUGGUCGUAAGGACAGCUCCUUGAUUUUCGUGAUUUAUUUUUUAUUUUUUAUAGUUUGGGUUUUUAAAAAAAAUUUGGGCUAGGCUUGUUUUGAGUU